CCCACGGAGGAUGCGGCCUGAGCCGGAGCCUGCGCGGCCACGUGACGGCCGCUAUAAGAACUGCGGGCUGCGGACUCCCGCCCUCCCCCGCUGGCCGCCGUCUUCCACCGGCGCCCGGCUCCGCCGACCCACCGGCCGCACCAUGACAGAUCAGGCCUUUGUGACCCUGACCACAAACGAUGCCUAUGCAAAAGGUGCUCUGGUCCUGGGCUCCUCUCUGAAACAGCACAGGACUACCAGGAGGAUAGUUGUGCUGAGCACUCCACAGGUUUCAGACUCCAUGAGAAAAGUUUUAGAGACCGUCUUUGAUGAAGUCAUCAUGGUAGAUGUCUUGGACAGUGGCGACUCUGCUCAUCUAACCUUAAUGAAGAGGCCUGAGUUGGGCAUCACACUGACGAAACUCCAUUGCUGGUCCCUUACUCAGUAUUCCAAAUGUGUGUUCAUGGACGCAGACACUCUGGUCCUUUCAAAUAUUGAUGACCUUUUUGAAAGAGAAGAACUAUCAGCAGCACCAGACCCAGGGUGGCCUGACUGUUUCAAUUCUGGAGUCUUUGUCUAUCAGCCCUCAAUUGAAACGUAUAACCAGCUGUUGCACCUCGCAUCUGAGCAAGGUAGUUUUGAUGGAGGGGACCAGGGCCUACUGAAUACGUAUUUUAGUGGCUGGGCAACGACAGAUAUCAGGAAACACCUGCCAUUUGUGUAUAACCUGAGCAGCAUUUCAAUCUACUCCUACCUCCCGGCAUUCAAAGUGUUUGGCACAAAUGCCAAAGUUGUACACUUCUUGGGACGAAUCAAGCCAUGGAAUUACACUUACAGUCCCCAAACAAAAAGUGUCAAAUGUGAAUCCCAGGACCCAAGCGUGUGUCACCCAGAGUUCCUGAACCUGUGGUGGGACAUCUUCACCACCAGUGUCUUACCCCUGCUACAACACUAUGGCCUUGACAAAGAUGCCUGCUCCAGUCUAAUGAUGCUUUCAGACUUGGUCUAUACACUGGCUUUCUCUUGUGGCUUCUGUAGAAAGGAACAUGUCUCAGGAGCCUUGUCACACCUGUCCCUUGGGGAGGCCCCAGCUACUCCACAACCUUCUAUGUCCUCAGAAGAAAGGAAGGAGCGGUGGGAGCAGGGCCAGGCUGAUUACAUGGGAGCAGAUUCUUUUGAUAACAUCAAGAGAAAACUUGACACGUACCUACAAUAGAAGCACUGCCAUUUCCCCGUGGACACCUCCAUGUCAUAGGCACGUUUCUGAUACUUAGUAUGUGAACUCUGUUACAAUUGUUAGAGGCUUUCACUAAACCUCAUCAGAUAAAGGGUUCUGGCAGGACAACAGGUGAGAACUGGGCAAGCGUUAUGAAGCAGUAAUUCUGUCAUAUGGAUAAGUGUUCUGUUUAACCCUAGACUUUUUCAGAAACUCUUUUGAUUCUUCAGUUGCCAAUGUGUGUGAUAAAGGAAAGCCAACAUUAAGCUACUAAGAUGGUUCUCUCAAGUGGUGCAAAACUUGACUCUCCCAUCUAUCUCCCUUCAAAACAAGAUAUGACAUUUUCCCCUAUUUGUUGCACUCUUCACUAGCCCUGCAAUUUAGAAGUGCUCAAAGCCUGUCAGAGGGGUAAUUCCAUGUCAGGCUAACGUGGCCUUUAUUAACACUGUGGAGUGAUUCAUACGCCUAUCAGCUAGUGUUAGUUCACCAGUUUUCUAUGCACCAUGAAGGCAGCAUGCGGACUUGCUCUUUUUUUGGUUCGGUCUACUUGAAAAUUGCAGUGUGCUCUCUGAUGGUACCUGUGGUAGCACCAUGUAUAACAAAUAAAGAUUUAUUGACAUA